ACAUUGGUCGAACAUAAGCACAUUCCUCCAGGAACAGUGAGCAAGAGAGCAAUUUGUCUUCUUUUCCGUCAUAUUUUUCAGUUCCUGCUUGUGGUGAAAUGCCUUGUCUCCUAGCAGCUCAGAGCAGAACUUUGUAAUGGGCAAUGAUAAUACGAAAUGAAGAUGGGUCCAUUUCCUUGCGUGUUUGGCUUGUUACUUUUCCUGCAGUCUGUAUCUUUGGGUCAGACGUACAAUCAGCUACCUUAUUUCUUGAAUUACUACUUUGAUCAAUAUAUUUUAAUCUAUGAAAAUGUCUCUGUUGGAACCUCCAUAACCAAAUUACGGGCCAGAGAUCCAGACAAUGACACGCUUGUGUUUGGUGUUGCCGGAGAAGAAGCCAGCAAGUACUUUGCAGUAGAAAGCGAGAGUGGUGUCGUGUGGCUUCGCCAACCUUUGGAUAGAGAGGUGGUAUCAGAACUUCAAGUGGAGUUCUCUGUUAGUGACAAGCAAAGUGUUAUUAAGGGCAUUGUCAAUAUUCAAGUAGGUGAUGUCAAUGAUAACCCACCGGUAUUCCACAACCAACCCUACAGUGUGAGAAUCCCUGAGAACACACCAGCAGGGACGCCAAUUUUCAUCGUGAAUGCCACGGACCGCGAUCAGGGAACCGGGGGUAGUGUGCUGUAUUCAUUCCAGCCACCAUCGCGCUUUUUCGCGAUUGAUGGAGCCAGAGGAGUGGUGACUGUUCAAAGACCACUGGACUAUGAGACUGCUCAAGCCUAUCAGCUGCAAGUCAAUGCAACGGACCAGGACAAAGACCACCCCUUGUCUACACUGGCCAACCUCGCCAUCACCAUAACAGACAUCCAGGACAUGGACCCAAUUUUCAUCAACCUUCCUUACAGUACAAACAUACAUGAAAACUCCCCUCCUGGGCAGACUGUACGAGUAAUUACAGCAUUGGAUCAGGACAGGGGAAGACCUCGUGGGAUUGGUUACACCAUCAUUUCGGGCAACACCAACAGCAUCUUUGCUUUAGAUUACAUCAGUGGAGCCUUAACUCUCAAUGGCCCUCUGGAUCGAGAAAAUCCCCUCUACAGCUCGGGGUUCACAUUGACUGUGAGGGGAACUGAACUAAACGAUGACCGGACACCAUCGAAUGCUACCGUCUCCACCACGUUUAAUAUCUUGGUCAUUGACGUCAAUGAUAAUCCACCAGAGUUCAACCGUUCUGAAUACAAUGUCCGCAUUACAGAACUGGCCCAGGUGGGCUUUGCUCUCCCACUCUUCAUCCAGGUGCAAGACAAAGAUGAUGUUCCCAACAACAUGUUUGACGUCCAGCUCAUCGGGAACAAUUCAGACCACUUCACCAUUUCCCCGACCUCCGGCCAGGGGAAGGUCGAUAUCCGGAUGCGAGUGGCUGUGCCCCUGGAUUUCGAGCGCAUUGCUCACUAUGAGUUCUCCCUCUUUGCAAAUGAGACUUUCUCGGAUCACGUUGGUUUUGCUCGAGUGAAGAUUGACCUCAUCAAUGAAAAUGACAACAGGCCAGUAUUCAGCCAGCCUCUCUACAAUGUGAGCUUGUACGAGAACACCACUGUUGGAAUCACUGUCGUUGGUGUUAUUGCAACAGAUAAUGACGUUGGAAGCUAUGGAAACAUCCAUUAUUUCUUCAGUGAUGAUUCUGACAGGUUUGCAAUUGACAAGGAUACGGGCAAAAUAACGCUGAUUGGGAGCCUGGACUUUGAGACAACGCGGCGGUACACUUUAACUCUCAUCGCCAAAGAUGGGGGCGGUGAGGAGAGCACCGGCCGUGUGCGCAUUAAUGUGCUGGAUGUCAAUGACAACGUCCCCACCUUCCAGAAGGAGACAUAUCUGGGAACAGUCCGAGAGAACGAGGCAGCUCCUGUGUCAGUAGUCCGAGUCCGAGUGAUUGACGACGAUUCUCCACCAAACAAUCAGAUCACUUACAGCAUUUUUAAUGCCUCCAUUCUGAGCAACUCCUUUGAUAUUGGGAUAUCAGAGGGCUAUGGAGUUGUUAUCGUCACAAGACCCAUUGACUUUGAACAGGUACCAGGAGGAUUUGUCUACCUGACCAUUAUGGCUAAAGAUGCUGGAACUCCUCCUCUCCAUAGUACAGUGCCUGUGAUUCUUGAAGUUUUUGAUGAAAAUGACAAUUCUCCAACUUUCAGCCAGUCUUCCUAUGUAAUGGCAGUCCCUGAAAACAUCAUCGCAGGAGCCACAGUAUUAUUCGUUACAGCAUCUGAUUUGGACCAGUCUCGGGAAUAUGGGCAGGAGUCAAUAAUCUACUCUCUGGAGGGGUCCUCACUGUUUCGGAUCAACACUCGAUCAGGAGAAAUAACAACAACUUCACUGCUGGACAGAGAGACCAAAUUUGAGUACAUUUUGAUCAUCAGAGCAGUAGACGGCGGAGUAGGGAACAACCAGAAGACAGGAAUAGCCACAGUGAACAUAACUCUGCUUGACAUUAAUGACAAUCGCCCAGUUUGGAAGGAUGAACCAUACUUGGUAAAUGUGGUUGAAAUGUCACCAGCUGACACAGAUGUCAUCACUGUGUCAGCCUUUGACCCAGACCUGGCUGAGAAUGGCUCUGUUGUGUAUACUAUCAACCCACCCAACCCAUUCUAUCGAAUAAACAGAACCACAGGAAAGAUACGGACUUCAGGAGCAGUAUUGGACAGAGAGAAUAUGGAUGCCAGUGAUGCUGAAAUGAUGAGAAAAAUCAUUGUCUCUGUCACAGACCAGGGAAGGCCAGCUCUCCAAGCCAGCAGCAGCACUGUUGUUUCAGUCAACCUGUUAGAUCUCAACGAUAAUGACCCAGCUUUCCAAAAUUUGCCAUUCGCUGCUGAGGUGCCAGAAGGCUUGCCUGUGGCCUCAUCCAUUUUCCAGGUAUCCGUACUGGAUCCAGAUGAAGGUUUGAAUGGAUUGGUUACCUAUUCCAUGCAAGUGGGCAUGCCCAGGUUGGACUUUGUGUUAAAUUCCAGCACUGGUGUGAUCACCUCCACCACAGUACUGGACCGGGAGAGGAUAGCAGAGUACUAUCUGAGGUUAAUAGCCAGUGAUGCAGGAGCAGUACCAAGGAGUUCCACCAGCACCCUAACUGUACGAGUGAUGGAUGUCAACGAUGAGACGCCGACGUUCCACCCAGCUGUUUACCACAUCUCUCUACUGGAGGACGUGGCCAGAGAUUACACGGUUGUUCACCUCAACUGUACGGAUGCAGACACUGGUCUUAAUGCCGAGCUCAGUUACUUCAUCACAGGUGGAAACAAUGACGGAAAAUUCAGCGUUGGCUUUAGAGAUGGAAUUGUCAGGACUGUGGUGAACCUGGAUAGAGAGACCCAAGUUUCUUACACACUUAUUCUGGAAGCUAUUGAUAACGGGCCCGCUGGUGACAGAAAGACUGGGACAGCGACGGUGUAUAUCACGGUGAUGGAUGUCAAUGACAAUCGACCCAUCUUCUUGCAGAAUACCUAUGAGGCCAGUGUCCCUGAGAACAUCACAGUGUCCACUAGUGUGCUGCAGGUAGAAGCCACUGAUGCAGAUGAAGGAGAUAAUGGGAAGAUCUGGUACAGAAUCCUGUCAGGAAAUUCCAAUGAUAACUUCCAGAUGGACCAAGCCACUGGACUAAUAUCCAGAGGAAACCGCCCACUGGACAGAGAGAGCAGCACUACCCACGUGUUGGAGGUGGAAGCUUACAAUAAUGACUUUGGCAGGAUGAGGAGCUCAGUCAGAGUCAUCGUGUAUGUAGAGGAUGUGAACGAUGAGGUGCCUGUUUUUACCCAGCAGCAGUACAACCGACUGGGCCUGAGAGAGACAGCAGGGAUUGGCACAUCAGUCAUCGUGGUCCGAGCAACCGACAGGGAUACAGGUGCCGGCGGUAUAGUAGCCUACACAAUUUUGGCUGGGUCGGAAGGGAAGUUUUCCAUUGAUGAGAGUACAGGCCUUAUUACAACUGUAGAUUACUUGGAUUAUGAAACCAGCACAAGUUAUCUGAUGAAUGUCUCUGCUAUGGACCAAACUCCACCCUACAACAAGGGGUAUUGCACUGUCUAUGUCACCCUGUUAAAUGAAUUGGAUGAACCUGUGCAGUUUACAAAUUCAACGUACGAAGCUACGAUUACAGAGAACAUCGCGACUGGCACUGAGGUGGUUCAGAUUCAAGCCCGUUCUGCUGACAACAUGAACCUGAUCACCUACAGAUUUGACCCCGACACAUCUGCUCAAACCUUGUCCCUGUUCCAGAUAAACAGAGUCACCGGGGUAAUAACAGUCAGAGGGCAUGUCGAUCGGGAGAAAGGUGAUUAUUAUCUGAUUACUGUCAUAGCGGAUGAUGGUGGACCCAGAAAAGACUCCACUGUGGUAAUUAUCACAGUAGAAGAUAAGAAUGAUAACAGCCCUGUGUUUGACGCGAGUUCCGAUUCCUCAGUGGAGAUACAGGAGGAUGCUCCCAUUGGCAAGCGGGUAGCUGUCGUCUCUGCACGGGAUCUGGAUUCUAAGCAGAAUGGACUGGUUAAUUUCACUAUUCUGUCUGGAAAUACUAAUGGAGCAUUUCGGAUUAGCACUACGAACAGAAGUCGUGGAGAGAUCUACCUUGCUAAACACCUGGACAGAGAACAAACUGCCAGACAUGUAUUAACAGUUCAGGCCUUUGACAAUGGGGUGCCACCACGCAAGACAAAUCAUGUGAUUACUAUUACGGCUGUGGAUGUCAAUGACAAUGCCCCAGUUAUCAUGAACCCUGGCAGCUACAACAUCAGCAUUUAUGAGAAUGUUGGAGGAGGAACUCCAGUCACCAGAGUUCGGGCGACAGACAUGGACUCCGGUGCCAAUGCUGUACUCUAUUACUACAUCACCAUGGGCAAUGAAGAUCUCACUUUCCGUAUUGAUCGGCUAACUGGAGAGAUUGUUACACGCCCUUCUCCUCCAGAUCGGGAGAGACAGAGUUUUUAUCAGCUGACAGUUACAGUGGAAGAUGACGGUACCCCUUCACUCUCAGUGACAACUACAGUACUUGUACAUAUUUUGGAUGAGAAUGACAAUCACCCAGUGUUCCACCAACAACAGUACGACAUCACCUUGGACGAAGGGCCAUCGAGCUUGAAUUCUUUCACUGUAAUUGUGAAUGCAACAGAUCAGGAUGAAGGGCCCAAUGGAACCAUUACAUAUGCAAUUGUGGAAGGGAAUAUUGAUAAGACUUUCACUGUCCACAGUAUCACAGGUCAAAUCAGGGCAGUGAAAGAACUGGACUAUGAGAUAUCCCAUGGCCGAUACACACUCAUCGUUACAGCCACUGACCAGUGUCCGAACCUUGCAUACCGUCUGACCUCCACCACCACAGUGAUUGUCAAUGUGAAUGAUAUCAAUGACAUGACCCCAAGGUUCCUUCAUCCUUAUGAAGGUCCAUAUGACAUCACUGAAGGUCAACCAGGUCCGAGAGUGUGGACAUUCCUUGCGGAAGAUGAAGACUCUGGCCCAAAUGGGCAAGUAGAAUACAGCAUCAUAGCAGGCGAUCCCCUCAAUGAGUUCAUUAUUUCUCCCGUGGAAGGGGAACUCCGUGUGAGGAGAGACGCCGAGUUAGAUCGCGAGAGUGUGGCAUUUUAUAACAUAACCAUUAUGGGCAAGGACAGAGGAACGCCAGCACUAAGCAGUACGGUACUGGUUGGAGUUCGUGUGCUGGAUAUAAAUGAUAAUGACCCUGUGCUCCAGAACAUCCCACUGAACUGCACCAUCAGUGAAAGUACUGACACGUCCACCAGAGUUGCCAGGGUUCAGGCAACUGACAUCGACAGCGGUUCCAAUGCCCUCCUCACCUUCCACAUCACUGCUGGAAAUAUUAAUAAUGCCUUUUUUAUCAAUGAAACGACAGGUGUCAUUUAUGUCAACCGACCUCUGGAUAGAGAGCGGACUUCUGAAUAUCGCCUCACGAUCAUGGUGAAGGACAGUCCAGAAAACCCAAGACAUGCUCGAAGGGAUUCAGAUUUGCUGACAAUCACUGUCUCUGAUGAAAAUGAUAACAGGCCCAUGUUUACUCAAAGCUCUUAUCAAGCUGAAAUUUCUGAGAACCCAGCAGCAGGUGCACAAAUCACGCUGAUAAAUGGGCCUAUUUCAGCCUUUGACCGUGACGAGGGGGCAAAUGCUGUGGUUAGUUACCGAUUACUGGGGAACAGGACUGACUUCUUCAUUGUUGACAGGAACACAGGAAUUGUUUCUGUGACUCCAGGAAAGACCAUUGACAGGGAGGCUUUGCCCAGCGAACACCUGGAGUUCACAUUGAUAGCAGAAGAUGUUGGCCUACUGAGGAGUACGGCUGGGCUCACAGUAACCGUCCUGGACCAGAAUGACAAUGCACCAGUUUUCACCCCCACCUCUCUGACAGUACACAUUCGGGAAAACAGUCCCUCAGGUUUUAGCAUCGUUCAAGUUACAGCCACAGAUGCUGAUACUGGUGUGAAUCAACAACUGACCUACCGAAUAGAGGGAGGUGCCCAGGAUAAGUUUAUCAUUGACUCUCCCAGUGGACUUAUCAAGGUAGCAAACGGAGUGACUGUAGAUCGUGAGGAGAAGGGCUCUUACACUCUUGUUGUGAUUGUGAUGGACCACGGGACUCCGCCUUUGUCGGCAAGUGCUACUGUCAAUAUCAUCAUAGAUGAUGUCAACGACUGCCGUCCUGAGUUUGUUAACCCAAUCCAGACCAUCAGCAUCAGUGAGUCCGUCACGGUUGGUGCCAUCAUAGCAAACAUGACCGCUAUUGAUCAUGACCUCCGACCUCGGCUGGAGUAUUACGUCAUCGAGCUUGUUGCAAAGGACGACACUGAUAAUGUGGUAGAGGAAAGGCAGAGAGCAUUUGACAUCAACUUUCAAACAGGUGCCAUAUUUGUAAGAAGGCCUUUGAAUCGGGAGCUGGUGGCGACCUAUGAACUCACUAUAUCAGUACACGACAACGCCAGUGAGGUGAUCAGUCAUUCUGUCAGUGUUCCCAAUGCAAAGCUGACGGUGAAUGUUUUGGAUGUCAAUGAUAACCCUCCGCGAUUUAGACCGUUUGGGGUCAGUAUUUUCACUGAGAGGAUUCUGGAGGGAGCAACACCUGGAACAACGCUUCUCUCUGUUUCGGCCGUGGAUCCUGAUAAAGGCCCCAAUGGACAGAUCCGAUACGAGCUCCUGAAUCUCCCUCCUGGGGAUUACAUCAGGCUGGAAGACCCUGCAGCAGGAAAAAUAAUUGCCAGCAGAACAGUGGAUUAUGAAGAGGUUGAGUGGCUGAAUUUCACAGUGCGCGCAAUAGAUCAUGGAUCACCCGCUCGAUCUGUCGAGGUUCCUGUUUACCUACAGAUCCAGGACGUCAAUGAUAACAACCCUGUCUUUGUGCAAGCUUCCUAUCAGAAGCCAGUAUUUGAGGACGUCUCCUUGGGCACCGUCAUCCUCCAGGUUCGUGCUGUGGACGCAGAUAACGGCCGGUUCUCAAAGAUUGAAUACAGCCUGGUAGAUGGUGAGGGCAGGUUUGGAAUCAACCCUGAGACGGGUGAUAUUUACAUUCUGGCUGCACUUGAUCGGGAGAGAAAAGACCACUAUACAUUGACGGCCGUUGCCAAGGACAACCCAGGUGACAAUCCAAGUAAUCGCAGAGAGAAUGCUGUCCAGGUGCUGGUAACUGUGUUGGACGUCAAUGACUAUCGCCCCAAGUUCUCAAAGAAUGUGUUUAGCACCAGUGUGUAUGAGAAUGAGCCAGGAGGGGCCUCUGUAGUCACUGUGACUGCUUCGGAUCUGGAUGAGGGAGAAAAUGCGGAGUUACAAUACAGUAUUCAGGGACCAGGAGCAGGUAGCUUCAACGAGGCCUUUAGGAUUGAUGAGAACACAGCAGUGAUCACCACCACACGGCGUCUGGAAUCCUACGAAAGGUUUAAUUUGACCAUUGUUGCCACUGAUAAAGGCAGGCCACCACUCUGGGGGACAACUCAGCUCAAGGUCGAAGUGAUUGAUGUUAACGACAAUCGCCCUGUGUUUGUCAGGCCCCCCAAUGGGACAAUUCUACACAUCAUGGAGGAGAGGGACCCCGGCUUCAAUGUGUAUGAAGUGCUGGCCACGGACAACGACGAGGGUGUGAAUGGAGCCGUCCGGUAUGGCUUCCUUAAGACCGCAGUCAACAAAGACUGGGAAUACUUCAGCAUCGACCCCAUCAGUGGGAUCAUCAAUACCACAACCAGGUUGGACAGGGAGAAGCAGGCUGUCUAUAAUCUCAUUCUCUUGGCUUAUGACCUAGGGCAACCUGUUCCCUACGAGACCACACAGCUUCUGCAAGUGGCCCUGGAUGAUAUUGACGACAAUGAGCCACUCUUCCUCAAGCCGCCUAGAAGUUUACAGUACCAGCUCCUUUUUGUGGCUGAACACUCUGAUCCUGCCACGGUUGUCGGGAAUGUGACUGGAGCCAUCGAUGCAGAUGAGGGCGCUAAUGCUGUGGUCUAUUACUUCAUAGCAGCUGGAGACCCAGAAAACAACUUUCAUUUGAACAGGAAUGGACUGCUUAAGGUGCUGAACGACCUGGACCGGGAAACAAACCCAUUCUACACCAUCAUCAUCAAGGCCUCUAGCAACCGGAACUGGAAACCUUCAAGACAGAGGAGUCAGGUUUUUGACCCCAGUACUGACCUCACCCUCCAGGAGGUCCGAAUCUUCCUGGGUGACAUUAAUGACCAGCCGCCGAUAUUCACAAAGUCUGAGUACACAGCUGGUGUUGCGACUGAUGCUAAAGUUGGCUCUGAACUGAUCAGAGUAGAGGCAUAUGACGCUGAUAUUGGAAACAACAGCCUAGUCUUCUAUCAGAUUAUUAAUAUCCGCUACAUAAACCUGCAGCUCAAUGAUUCUGAAGAUGUUGGGAAUGUCUUCAUCAUAGGGGAACAUGAUGGCAUCGUGAGGACCUUCGACCUCUUCACAGCCUACAGCCCCGGGUAUUUCCUAGUGGACAUCAUGGCAUCAGACCUGGCUGGACACAAUGAUACGUCAGUGAUCGGGAUUUACAUUCUGAGGGACGACCAGCGAGUCAAGAUUGUCAUCAAUGAGAUUCCCGAGAGGGUGCGGGAGUUUGGCGAGCAAUUCAUUAAAUUACUUUCUAACAUCACUGGAGCCAUAGUCAACACGGACGAUGUGCAGUUUCACGUUGAUCUGAAGGGCCGGGUGAAUUUUGCCCAGACUGAUGUUCUGAUCCAUGUGGUGCACAGGGAAACCAACCGGAUCUUGGAUGUGGAGAGGGUAAUACAAAUGAUUGAUGAAAAUAAAGAACAAUUAAGGAAUCUGUUCCGUAAUUACAAUGUCCUCGAUGUCCAGCCAGCUGUAACCGUCAGGGUGGCUAAUGAUAUGACAUCCUUGCAGAUGGCAAUAAUUAUUCUUGCAGUGUUGCUGUUCUUGGCUACCAUGCUGUUCAUCUUUAUGAACUGGUAUUACAGAACUGUGCACAAAAGGAAGUUGAAAGCCAUUGUAGCAGGUUCCACUGGUAAUCAAGGGUUUAUGGACAUACUGGACAUGCCAAACACCAACAAGUAUUCAUUUGAAGGAGCAAACCCAGUCUGGCUUGAUCCCUUCUGUAGGAACUUGGAACUAGCUGCUCAGGCUGAGCAUGAAGAUGAUCUGCCAGAGAAUCUCAGUGAUAUCACGGACCUCUGGAAUAGCCCAGCCAGGACGCACGGCACGUUCGGGCGCGAGCCACCUGCAAUGAAACCAGAGGAUGAUCGAUACCUACGUGCAGCCAUACAGGAGUACGACAGUAUUGCCAAACUCGGGCAGAUCAUGCGAGAAGGCCCCAUUAAGGGCUCCCUGUUGAAGGUUGUUCUGGAUGACUACCUACGGCUGAAGAAACUGUUUGCGGCUCGGCUAGCUUACAAAUCUACUACCAGUGGAGACCAGUCAUCUGUGCUGGAGCUUAUUCCCAGUGACAUGGAGGAUGACGACGAAAAGCCCCCCAGCCGUGGGACACUGCGGUUUAAGCAUCGCCAUCCUGUGGAGCUAAGGGGACCUGAUGGAAUCCACAUGGUACACGGCAGCACAGGCACCUUGCUGGCUUCUGACCUCAACAGUUUGCCAGAGGAUGACCAGAAGGUCUUAGUCAGGUCCCUGGAGACCCUGAACACAGAGAGUGGGAGCUACACAGACAGGAAUGCCAGGACUGAGUCUGCAAAGUCUACCCCAAUGCACAAGAUGAAAGAAAGGGUGAGGGACAUCCCACUGGAAAUCACAGAACUUUGACAACUGGGCCAGCCUGUGAUCCUUACUAUUCUUUUAAUUCAAGUGAUUGUCUGGGCUGAAGCCUAGCAGCAGUAUUUGGUGGCUGAAGUAUUGCUGCUGGGGGGAAGCUGUUUAAAAAGGGUCCUUACUACAAACAGUCUCCACUGCCACUACCAGGGAUUGUGCCCCGGUGCAAACUAAAGCCAGAAGAUGUACGAAAUCAUUAAGAUGAUUAAAUCUGGUGGAACUCACCAUGUGUAAACCGACACCAUCAGCUUGAACUCAAAGUGAUGUACAGUAUGUGCGUGUGUACCUGCGUGUGUGAAAACAUGUUCUCCCACCCCCAUUUAUAGUUUUUAAUUUCAAUGGCUCAGCUUGGUGAAUAAAGAUACAAGGAGCAAAAUCCAAGUUUGGUAGAGAAAUAACUUAAUUUCUCAAAGUAGUGAGGUGGAGUUUAAGUGUUUUGGGGGGGAGGGGGGAGGAUGUACAUUAGAACUCUGGCUCACCACUGUAAAUCUUGCAGGAUCAAGGAUGUCUAAACAAGUUGUUCUGAUAUUGAUCAUAUCAAAAAAUUUGGAAAUAAAAUAAAAGUAACUAAGAAACUAUUUUGUUGUAAAAGGCCAAUACCUUAUCUGGCCCCAUCUCAAGGUGAUUCCAGUUGUGUUCCAAUGUGUUUUUAUUCUUGUAUUCAAAAUGGCUAAAGUUCUAUCUAAUUACAACUUCCUCACAGCAACUCACUUUGCCAGUAAUGCCCACAUUUGAGAUUAAAUAAAGCCGUUUGUAACUUUAUGAAACAGCAUCAUGAUGUAAUGGGGAAUAAAGUCAACAAUCUGCACCUUAAAUCCAUUAGACCAUCUUUUCAUUACUACUACAAUACUUUUCUAAAGUUCUCUUUAAACUGCAAUAAAUAGAAAAAGCCCUUUUCAAACUAUGGGCAACACAACCAUCAGUGAAUCCCUCACACCUGUUCCACUAUCUACAUCGAAGUCAUAGUUAAUGUGUAUUCCUAUUCCAUACCCCUUCGCGGACAGAAAUCUCAGCAGUAAGUUAUUAAAUGAGUAUCUACUCCUGACUAUGCAAGAGAGUUCUAUGCUUCUGUUACCUACUGACAUUUAAUUGCUCAUUAUCACCUAAUGACAUUUCCUUUCAUGCUUCUGAAUUUUGGCUACAACGGAUACUCUGUGCUAUAAUCAUGUACACCAACACAGCAAACAAACAUGUGGAAGGUUACUGUUCUCGAUGAUUAGAAAAAUACAUCCUAAUUGAUAUAUAUAGGGAUACGACCUAGAAACUUAAAAGUCAAAGUCUCAUUUUUCAUCCCACUAUGUAGUUUAUUUAUUAAUUUGUCCAUUCUAAAAAUAUUCUUAAAAUAUACCAAAUUAAUGUUACAGGCACGUUAUUUCUUAAUUUACUUAAACCAGCAAAUACCUUAAAUGGGACAUGCUCAUUCUCUAAAUGGAUAUAUGUGCACGACAGUAGACCAUCCCAUAAGCAUGAUGUCAACACAAGCACUGCUCUCUGCAUAAAUCCCUUGGAGAUUGGAAGGGGAGCUGGAAAAUGGGACAUUUAGAUACAAACUACCCAGAAACAUCUUCAAUCCAUUACUUUAUGAAUCACCCUGCAGAUGACAAGUAUAUUCUGAUAGAAUGCAUCAAAUUGAAAUUAAGUACCACUGCUUUGUCUUCUCUCCUUGAGUACCUAAAUCUGUACUGGCAAGUCAUAUACAACACGAAAACAGUUCAACAUUGUUCACACCAACUGUAGUGUCUACUUGAGCUAAUCCCAUUUACUUGCCUUUGGUUCAAAUCCCUCUAAAGGUUCCCAGCCUUUUUUAUACCAUGGACCAAUACCUUUAAGCAAGGGGUCCAUGGACCCCAUGUUGGGAACACCUGCUAAACCUUUCCUAUCCAUGCACACGUCCAAAUGUUUUUCUAAACAUUGUAACUGUACCCUCUCCCACUGGAGCUCAUUCUAAGUACCCAUCACCAUCUGCAGAAAAAUUUGCCUCUCAGAUCCCCUUAAGAUCUUACCUCACUCACCUUAAACCUCCUAGAAGCCCUAGUUUUAGACAAACCUCCUUGUGUAAAAGACUGAGAUAAUCCACUUUAUCUACAUACUUCAUGAUGUAACAAACCUCUGUAAGGUCAUUCCCCGGCUUCCUUUGCUCAAGAGAAACCAGUCCCAGCCUUUCCCUACAGCAAGGGUUCCCAGCCUUUUUAAUGCCAUGGAACUUUGCCAUUAACUGAGGGGUCCAUGGACACCAGGUUGGGAACCCCUGCCCUUGAGAAAAGGAGGCCAAGCAGCAGUCUUUCCUUAUAACUCAAGUCCUCCAGGCCUAUCAACAUCCUUGUGAACAUUUUUUCUGCACCUUCCCUAGCUUAAUCACAUCCCUCCUAUACUAUGGCAACUGGAAGUAUAUUCACACCAACAUUUUGUGUAACUGCAAUAUGUCAUCUCAAAAUUUCAAUUUAUUGCCCUGUCUGAUGAAGGCAAGCAUGCCAUAAAGCUUCUUCACCUUGAUGUUACCUUCGGAGAACUCUGUGUGCCCAGGCCUGGUUUAACUUCACAAAGUGCAUCGCUUCACACCAUCUGACACCCUCAACAGGCAUAGCAAAUCCAAAAAUCAAUAAUGCAAUUCAUCUUGGCCCUACUAAUACUAGUAAACCACAGUCUACAGUCAACUCCAGGGAAUCAAUGUUCCCCUCACCAGAUCCACUACUACCAGUUACAAUUGUACACCUGUAUGACUCCAACCAGUGUAAAAAAUAAACUCCCAUGUAUACAAGAUACUACCUGUAGAGUAAUCAACAUGAGGUACCUUAUUGAUGGCUUUCUGAAAAUUGAGUUCAGCAUGUCAACUUGGUAAUUUCAUCAAAAAGAUCUCAAUCGUUAUUGCAAUUCAUUAUCAACUUUUCCUGUAGGCGUAUUCAGAAAGAGCUUCUAAGAAGCGGUUAUUAAAUAGUGAUAAAUAAUUAUACUGGUCCACUGCUCUGUUUCCUUAAGAAAGGGUUGUCCUUAAAAAUACUAAAACAGUAAUUUGUCAUACACCAUCUCCAGAAGCCUGAAAGAAGUUUCUGCAUUCUGGGCGACAUUGACUCAUAGGACAAACAGGUCAGGUACACAAAUUACUUGACCAAAAAGGAAGAAUUCAUGGAAAUUUCAGGAUGGGAAGUCUUCAAAAAUAGUGACCCUGAAGAUUUUUUUUUAUUCAGGAGCAUCUUAAAAUUGUUAUAGGCUCCAUAACAAAUUUGUUAAAACAGCAGAAAAUUCUUAAGAAGUAAAAAAGAUAAGAAACUGCAAGGGUAAAAGGACCCUGAUGGCAGUUAUAUACAGGCUUCCAAGCUGUAGCUGGGAUGUGGACUACAGAUUACAACAGGAAAUAGAAAAGGCAGGUCAAAAGGACAAUGUUCUGAUAGUCAUGGGAGAGUUUAACAUGCAAGUAGAUUGGGAAAAUCAGGUUGGUAAUGGAUCUCAAGAGAGUGAAUACCUACAAGAUGGUUCUUUAGAGCAGUUUGUCAUUGAGCCUUCUAGGGAAUCAGCUGUACUGGAUUGAGUGUUAUGUAAUGAAACAGGUGAUUAAAGAGCUUAAGGAACCACCAUGAUUGAGUUCAACUUGAAAUCUGAUAAGGAAAAAAUAAAGUCUGACAAGGUAUUUCAGUGGAGUAAAAGAAAUUACAGUGGUAUGAGGGAAGAGUUGGCCAAAGUAAAUUGGAAAGAGAUGCUGGCAGGGAUGACAGCAGAUCAACAAUGGCUUGAGUUUCUGGGGGAAAAUGAGGAAGGUGCAGGUAAUAUGUAUUCCAAAAACAAAUAAAUAUUCAAACGGCAACACAGUACAACUGUGGCUGACAAAGGAAGUCAAAGCUAAUGUAAAAACAAAAGAGAGGGCAUACAACAAAACAAAAAUUAAUGGGAAGAUAGAGGAUUAGGAUUAAGAACCUACAGAAAGCAACUAAAAGAAUCAUUAGGAUGGAAAACAUGAAAUAUGCAUGCAAGCUACCACAUAUUAUCAAGGUGGAUACAAAAAGCGAUAUAAAAAAGGGAUGAGUGGGUAUAGGACCACUAGAAAAUGAGGCUGGAGAAAUAAUAACGGGGUACAAGAAGGUAACAGAUAAACCAAAUGAGUACUUUGUCUCAGUCUUCACUGUGGAAUACACUAGCAGUGUGUCAGGUAUUGAAGAGUGUGAGAGAAGAGAAAUGAGUACAGUUACUAUUACAAGGGAGAAGGUCCACAAAAAGCUGAAAGAUCUAAAGGGGUGUAAGUCACCUGGACCAGAUGAACUGCACCCUAGGGUUCUGAAAGAGGUAGUGGUAGAGAUGGUGGCGGUAUUGGUAAUGAUCUUUCAAGAAUCAUUGGACUCUGGCAAAUUGCAAAAAUCACUCCAUGCUUUAAGAAAGGAGGGAAGCAGCAGAAAGCAAGUUAUAAACCCGUUAGCCUGAUCUCAGUGGUUGGGAAGCUACUGGAGUUAAGGAUGAGGUCAAUUGUUAAGGAGUACUUGGUGACACAGGACAAGUUAGGACAAAGUCAGCAUAGUUUCCUUAAGGGAAAAUCUUACUUGAUGAACCAAUAGGAAUUCUUUGAGGAGAUUACAAUUCAGACAGAUAAAGGGGAUGCAGUGGAUGGUGUGUAUUUGGAUUUUCAGAAGGCUUUUGACAAGAAGCCAACCAUGAGGCUACUUACCAAGUGAAGAGCCCAUGGUAUUACAGGAAAGUUAUAGCAUGGUUCGAGCAUUAGCUGAUUGGUAGGAGGCAGUGAGUGGGAAUAAAAGAAUUCUCAUUCCCUGCCCAUGACUAGUUGUGUUCCAUAGGCAUUGGUAUUGGGACCUCUUCUUUUUAGGCUGUAUGUCAACGAUUUAGAUGAUGGAAUAGCUGGCUUUGUUGCCAAGUUUGCAGAUGAAAUGAAGAUUGGUGGAGGGGCAGAUAGUGUUGAGGAAACAGGAAGGCCACAGAAGGAGUUAGAUUAGGAGAAUGGGCAAGGAAGUGGCAAAUGAAAUACAUCGUUGGAAAAUGCAUGGUCAUGCACUUUGAUAGAAGAAAUAAAUGUGCAGACUAUUAUAAGCAUAUCAGAUUUGUUGCAUUACAGUAUCUUAUUCAAUGGGUAAGCCACCUUCAAUAGUUUCAGUACAAUAACAGGUAAUGUAAAUAACAUUACCUCAAAGUCAAAGACAAAUAUAUUAUUUACUUUAUUUAGUGAUAUGGUGUGGAGCAGGCCCUUCCAGCCCUUUCAGCUACACCGCCUCUGCAACCGACUGACAAACCCAAUUAAACCUAUUCUAAUCACAGAACAACUUGCAAUGACCAGCUAACCUACCCAGUACGUCUUUGGAGUGUGGGAGAAAACUGAACCAGGAGAAAACUUAUUUAUUCCAUUUUGAGGGGGGGGGGGGGGGUAAGACAUACAGAGAGACUCUUCACAGAACAGCACUGGAAUUAAACUCCAAAGUCCAAAAUGCCACAAGCUGUAAUACUGUCAUGUUACUGAGGCACCAACAUUGCCAUAUACAUAAGUAUGUGUAUGCAUAGGUGCAAUAAACCGUACUGGCAGCAGCAUCGCAUCAGAUAAGGAAACUUUUCACAAAACAACAAACAUAAAAGAUACACAAUUUUUACAAGAAAGAACACAAUUUGAACAAAAUGAACAGCAUUGUACUGCAAGCUGAUCAAAGUGGUCAAGACUGUCCUUAGCUAGGUUGUGCCAGCUGGUUCAAGAACCGCAAGAUCAAGAAAUACCUGGCGAGAAUCACCUUUGCAAUCAUACAUUCAGCAAAUGGAUAGACGAGAAGGAGGCUAAAGAGACAUACUCUAACCCUGCUUCCAUCCUCCUGUCACCCCAUCCCUGACUCAGGCACAAUUUUAGUAGGUUGGAUUUGUAGUCAAACACACUGAAAACUCAUGGCAAUUAUCUGGGUUGUACAAUCUC